ACCCGACACCCACCCAGCCAGCCAGCCCAGCUAUGUCCCUCUCCCCUGGAGCCAGGCCUGGCUUGGUUGGGAGGCCUAUGAACAGUCCCCCUCAGCAAGGCAGAUCCCUGCCCCGGGAGGAGAUGGGUCCGUGGUGCCGGGGGAGGGGCAGGAACCACAUCAUCUAACAGGUUGGUCGGGCUGAGAGGCGUCACGCCUUCGAGGAGCUAAUGAGCACUGUGUGACAGGUGUCUGCUCCUCAGUCCCCAGCCUGCCCUGCCUGCGACCGGAGCCAGCUGCCGCCACACCUCAGGCUUGCUCGCCCCUCACUGCGCCCUGCCCGCUCCGGGUCCCGGGACCUGCAAUGGCCUGCCGCUCCUGCGUCGUCGGCUUCGGCAACCUCACCAGCUGUGAGGUGACCCAGGCGAGCGGUGCCUGGCCUGGCACCUCCGGAUGGAGCAAUUACAGGGCCCCCGAGCCGGGCUUCAGCUCCAGCAGCCUCACAGGCUGCCUGACAGCUAGCACCAUCCCCAGGGUGACCGUGAACCCCAGCCUGCUAGUACCUCUGGACCUCAAGGUGGACCCAGCCAUGCAGCAGCAGGAGAGCCAGAAGAAGGAGGAAAUGAAGGUCCUCAAUGAUAAGUUUGCCUCCCUGAUCGGCAAGGUGCGAGCCCUGGAGCAUCGCAACCAGCUGCUGGAAACUCGAUGGCGCUUCCUGCAGAGCCGGGACUCGGCAGCCUUUGACCUUGGACACCUCUACGAGGAGCACCAGGGCCGACUGCGGGAGAAACUGCGCGAAGUGAACCAGGAAGGGGGCCAGCUUGAGACCAAACUGCGGCAGGAGCUUGAGACGGUGAAGGCGUUUCAGAUCAGGUAUGAAGACGAGAUCUCCAAGCGCACGGACAUGGAGUUCACCUUUGCGCAGCUGAAGAAGGACCUGGAUGCAGAGUGUCUUCAACGGACAGGACUAGAGAACAAGUUAAAAGGCCUGAAGAGCUUUGUGGUCCUGAUGAAAAGCAUCUACGAGCAGGAGCUGAAGGACCUGGCAGCCCAAGUGAAGGAUGUGUCGGUGACCGUGAGUAUGGACAGCCGCUGCCACGUUGACCUGAGCGGCAUCAUGGAGGAGGUGAUGGCCCAGUAUGACGCCGUCGCGGCUCGCAGCCUGGAAGAGGGCAAGGCGUACUCCCAGAGCCAGGUGGAAGAGCGGGCUGCCUGCUCAGCCGAGGCUGGGAACAGCCUCCAGAGAAGCCGCAGCGAGAUCGCUGACCUCAAAGUGCACAUCCAGAAGCUCCGGUCCCAGAUCCUCUCCACCAAGAGCCACUGCAUGAAACUGGAGGAGAACAUCAAGGCAGCCGAGAGCCAGGGUGAGCUGACCCUCCAGGACGCCAAGGCUAAGCUGGCCCAGCUGGAGGCCGCCCUGCAGCAGGCCAAGCAGGACAUGGCGCGGCAGCUGCGUGAUUACCAGGAGCUGAUGAGCACCAAGCUGGCCCUGGACGUGGAGAUCGCCACCUACCGCAAGCUGGUGGAGGGCGAGGAGAGCCGCUGCCUCCAGGCAUGGCCUCUCGAGAGCCCCCUCCUGGAAAAAGAAGACCAGGGGAGACCUCGUGAUCAAAAUCACCGAGACCUCGGAAGAGUUCCUCUCGCAGGAGUCAGAGCUCUCACAGUGAGGCUGCUGUCCGGACCCCAGGAGCCCCACGUCAUUCCCCUGCGGCAGGAGGAAUACAAGCUAGACUCAAGAAAGCAGCUUGGAGCCUCUAGGUCGGGAAGGAAGGCAAACCUGACCCUGAACUAAGAAGAGGAGGGUUGGAAACACUGACUGCCUUUCUGUGGGUUGCCAGGGAUCCGACAGGACUGUCACCAGCUAUUCAAAGUCACUGGGCUCCACAUCAAUAUCUCACAGUCCCACCCUUCCAACCUCUGGCCAGAGGUUUUCCUGACUGGGUAAACUGGGAUCGGGCGUCUGUUUUUCCUGCACCUCCUCGCUCCUCCCCACGACAGAGGGCUCUGAACCAAGGUCCCCCUGACCCUUUGCCCAACCCUUGCCCUAAGCUCACGUCUCAGGUCUUGCCUUGCCUCUGCCUCGGAACCGAGGCGAUGCCCUUUUUCCCCCAGCCCUGGCCAGCCACGGACCAGGGGCUGAUGGGACUGCCUGGGCACCCUCCGCAUCUGGAGUUCCUGGGGAGGCUGGGUGCUGAGGACCCCGGGCUUUCCUGCACCACCUGGGCUCCCUGGAGACCUGACAGUAUCAGGAAGGGAGGGGAAGAGGCUCCCUGGGUGUUUGGGACCUGAGCCCGGACCUCUGAGAUCAGCGCAGACACCUGUGCCCCUUCCCUCCUCCUGUGGGUCCCUCCCAGCAGGUCACAGUCAGACGUGGACAGGCUGCCCAGCCAGCUCCCAAGACCCUUCUCUAGAAGUUAUUCUUGCCGUGACGAACUCCCUGGCGGGGAGGUGGGAAGCGGGGAGGCCACAUGGCAACCGGAGAUCAGGCAGGAGAACUGGACCCUCCUUUCUCCUCCCUGCCAUCCUGGGGUUCACCACCUUGCCUGGGAUCUGAGCUCUCUGCCUCCCACCCAGGUGUUUCCCAGCCUGAAACCUGGCUUCGGUGCACCAGGCCCUUGAGACCCCUAGCCCCACCCCUGCCAUGAAACCCCAGGCCCAUUUCCCGUGAACCCCACUCCUGGGCGUCUCUGUUCUCUGCAUGGGGCCAAGCAGCCUGGCCCUCGCCUCCUCUGCACCCACACCUGUGGGUUAGAGCUCCUUCCCUUCUCCCCCCUCCGCGCCUCCUCCCUCCAUGCCCGCCCCCGUGCCACCGGGGCGGGAGGGUAGAUGGGUCAUGAAGAAGGCACUUUCCACUCGGGUCUGGGAGCUGCUGAGCCCUUGAGGUCGGGCGGGAGGGCCCCGAUAACAACCAAAGAGAGAUUGUGCAGCGAUCCAACAAGAAGAUUUGGGGCUCCUCUUUCCUCCCCUUGGCUCUCACCUUCGGGGGCUCCAGCCUGCCACUCCAUAAGCCACCUUCCUUCCCUACCUGCCCCUUGCCUCACCUCCUCUUCUAGCCCCAGUUUUGAUUCAUUCAUCUUGUUUUCCAGGAGAGGGUGGCCCAAGGCUCUGGCCCCCUCCUAGGUCUCAGGGUCCUCCAGGCCUGUGGGGGGCACUGAAGGGCAAUGACUCUCAGGCUUGAGGGAACUCAGACAUACACUCAUCCCUCAAGUCCCAAAAGGGUGCUGAUUGCUGUUUUUCUCUGCCUAUUUAUUGGUUUCCAAGGGAGCAAAUCCUCAGUGGGGAUACAAGAUAUAAAAAGUAUAUAUAUAUAUUAUUUUUUCAUAACUUAUACAUCUUUUAACUUAUUGCUUCUCUUCCUGUUUCUGCAUAAUCAGUGCUAUGUAUUAUACUAUCUGGAGAGACAACACAUCAGCCACCCCACCUGACUGGCUGACUAUAUUGGGGCAAUGCCCCCUUCUCCCUGCCAAGGGAUGAAUAAAGUGCUGAGAUUUGUCCAUGGAUAAA